UCGUAAACACCAGCAUACUUGUCGAGACUGUCAGUUGUGGCGGGCCAAGCCUCAAACCCCACGUUUGGCGGAUCUACCCCCCUGCAGGUUAAAUCUGUACAAGCCACCUUUUUAUUCUACUGGUGUAGACUGCUUUGGUCCAUUCGCAGUCAAAAUUGGACGCCGCCAAGAGAAAAGGUGGGGGAUUAUCUACAAAUGUCUAACGACACGGUGUGUGCAUCUGGAUCUAUUGGAGCAUAUGGACAGUGAUGCUUUUCUGCUCUCUCUGCGGCGUUUCAUAGCCCGCCGUGGCAAGCCUAUGGAACUGUUGUGCGACAAUGGCACCAACUUCGUUGGAGGUGAUCGGGAGUUAAGGGAGUCCUUUGAGUCUAUGUCUGCAACACUACAGGAACAGCUAGCAGAGCAGAAAAUCCGAUUUCGCCAUAACCCACCGAUUGCUCCUCACUUUGGGGGUACCUGGGAGCGCGAGAUAAAAUCAGUUAAAGCAGCACUACGUGUGAUCCUCCGAGAGCAGUCCGUGCCGGAACCAGUACUUCAGACCCUACUGGUAGAAGUUGAAGGCAUCUUGAACUCCAAGCCACUCGGUUACGUAUCCUCGGAUAUUGCUGACGUAGACCCUGUGACUCCGAACUUACUACUUAUGGGUCGUCGAGAUGCGUCUCUACCUCAGGUUUUGUAUGACCCUAACAACCUGCUUGGAAGACGGAGAUGGCGUCAUAGCCAGGUGCUGGCUGAUUGUUUCUGGGCUGCCUUUAUUCGUCAAUACCUCCCAGGUAUGCAGGGACGUCCCAAGUGGAAGACAGAUGGCAUAGAACUGAAAGUAGGGCAAGUCGUACUUGUUGUCGACCCAUCGCUUCCACGUUCACUCUGGCCUGUAGGAACAGUUACAGAGACCUUACCUGGAGCUGAUGGUAGAAUCCGUAUUGCCAGGGUCAAUGUUAAGGACAAAGUUUAUACUCGCCCAGUUGUGCGAUUAAUCCCUCUGCCUCACCUUGAGGAAAAUGACAUGAGCUCCACCAACAGACUUUCUUAGAGUGUUCAAUUAUCUUGACAGAUAAUUGGGGGCGGCUGUGUCAGAAAGUCAAUGUACUAACUGGGAACUAAUGUUCUUUAGAUGUUUCCUAGAGGGAACGUUUUUCAGUGUUGCACACCGGUAAAGACGGCUGUCAAUCUUUAUAUAUGCUGCUGUUAAGGUUCUGUAAUGUGUACAUAUCAUACAAACCAUUACAUUACAUUACAUUGAUAUGAGCAGCAUACACAGAUGUUGGACCAUCAAUAAAUGUCUCAUUCUAAAGACUUUCCUCCUCUCCUGAUUCUCUAACCGGAAUCUGGUCCAUAUUUGGCCGCCUCAAUCAGCUGUUAUUAAAAUGUAGUGAGG